AUGGGGGCCUCCAAGGAGAAGGCCCAUGGGGGGGGGGCGGGGGAGACCUGCAGGGAUCCCUGCUGCUCGGAUGAGCGGAGCCGUCACGCACCCGAGAGACGCACAGAAUUCGUGGCCGGCUCCCCCGUCGAAAAGCGCUCGACGGCCCCACUUCUCUCAUCCGGCAGUAAAAAACCGCAAGAGGGGCUGAUUGCGCAGUACUUACAAUCAAUUCCAUCACUACCGUUGUUAGACCAGGAGCAUAAAGAACUACUGGACUCGCCGGUGAAUCUUCAAGAGGUGUCAGAUACGAUAAAGCAACUCAAGACCAACAAAGCCACAGGCCCUGAUGGGAUACCGUCAGAAUUUUAUAAAACAUUUAAUGAGAUCUUAGCGAAACACUUGGUGAAUGCAUGCAAUAACAUCCUACUGAAUGGAAGCAUGCCAAGUUCCUGGACGGACGGAACCAUCUCGAUGUGGGCACCAUCCGUGAAGAAAGAAACUACAUUCCCUGAGGUGGAAGAAGCUUUCUCGGAGCAAGAGCAGAGUUUGCAGGCCAUGGAGCGUGCCCAGGACGCCCUCUCCUGUGAAGAGGAACUCAAGGUGGCUCAAAAGAGAAAAGGUAGACAAACCUGGGCAGAGCUAUUCAGCCUGGUGACUAAAGGGCGCCUCCACCUUCUGGGGCAGCAGAGCUCUGAAAACCAGUUCCUGUACACGAUAAUUAAGGCAAGCAAAUCCAUUCAGUGUGGAAAGUACUUCACAAAUAGGUCAGAGCUCCUUGUGCACCAAAGUAUAUGUAGAGGCGAGAAACCUUUUGAAUGCUCAGAGUGUGGAAAGAGAUUCAGGCGGAGUGGCCAUCUUCAACUGCACCAAAGAACCCACACAGGGGAGAAACCUUUUGAAUGCUCAGAGUGUGGAAAGAGAUUCAGGCGGAGUGGCCAUCUUCAACUGCACCAAAGAACCCACACAGGGGAGAAACCUUUUGAAUGCUCAGAGUGUGGAAAGAGAUUCAGGCGGAGUGGCCAUCUUCAACUGCACCAAAGAACCCACACAGGGGAGAAACCUUUUGAAUGCUCAGAGUGUGGAAAGAGAUUCAGGCGGAGUGGCCAUCUUCAACUGCACCAAAGAACCCACACAGGGGAGAAACCUUUUGAAUGCUCAGAGUGUGGAAAGAGAUUCAGGCGGAGUGGCCAUCUUCAACUGCACCAAAGAACCCACACAGGGGAGAAACCUUUUGAAUGCUCAGAGUGUGGAAAGAGAUUCAGGCGGAGUGGCCAUCUUCAACUGCACCAAAGAACCCACACAGGGGAGAAACCUUUUGAAUGCUCAGAGUGUGGAAAGAGAUUCAGGCGGAGUGGCCAUCUUCAACUGCACCAAAGAACCCACACAGGGGAGAAACCUUUUGAAUGCUCAGAGUGUGGAAAGAGAUUCAGGCGGAGUGGCCAUCUUCAACUGCACCAAAGAACCCACACAGGGGAGAAACCUUUUGAAUGCUCAGAGUGUGGAAAGAGAUUCAGGCGGAGUGGCCAUCUUCAACUGCACCAAAGAACCCACACAGGGGAGAAACCUUUUGAAUGCUCAGAGUGUGGAAAGAGAUUCAGGCGGAGUGGCCAUCUUCAACUGCACCAAAGAACCCACACAGGGGAGAAACCUUUUGAAUGCUCAGAGUGUGGAAAGAGAUUCAGGCGGAGUGGCCAUCUUCAACUGCACCAAAGAACCCACACAGGGGAGAAACCUUUUGAAUGCUCAGAGUGUGGAAAGAGAUUCAGGCGGAGUGGCCAUCUUCAACUGCACCAAAGAACCCACACAGGGGAGAAACCUUUUGAAUGCUCAGAGUGUGGAAAGAGAUUCAGGCGGAGUGGCCAUCUUCAACUGCACCAAAGAACCCACACAGGGGAGAAACCUUUUGAAUGCUCAGAGUGUGGAAAGAGAUUCAGUAGGAGUGGCAUUCUUCAGAAGCACCAAAGAAGACACACAGGGGAGAAACCUUCUGAAUGCUCCGAGUGUGGAAAGAAUUUCAGUAAGAGUGGCGAUCUACAUCAGCAUCAAAGGACCCACACAGGAGAGAAACCAUUUGAAUGCUCAGAGUGUGGGAAGAGAUUCAGUAUGAGCGGCAGUCUUCAGAAGCACCGAAGAACCCACACAGGGGAGAAUCCUUUUGAAUGCUCAGUGUUAUGUACUGGGAUUGAAUCAUCCCAGACUGGCUGAUUUUGGAGCAAAAGAACAGUAGCGG